AAGCGUGGUUCGAAUCUCGCUUCACAGCCGCUGAACGCAGUUCAAACAGCCUCCACCGAGAAUUAUAAAUGCUUUUAGUUAUUUUAGAUUGGCCCGACAAGCUUACCGUGCAAGUGCAAUUUGAAAAUAUGUUAACCCUGCGAUUUUGUGCGCCGAAGAAACGCCAGCAACGCGAAGGAGAAGAAGAUAUUGCAGCAGUUCGUGUCAAGGCGUAUACGCGAUAUUAACAAGAGCAACAGCCAACAACAGCGGAAUCCCCGCCGAGGCAGGGAUAAAUUUACACAGGCUCCAGCGGCCCAGCGCCGGCAGACAGCCAAUGUGACCCAGUUAAAGCCAAAGGACUUAGCUGGCCAAGGACCGCGAACCAAGGAACCGAAUCGGGAGACCGAAACGCGCGAUACACGUCCAAUCCCAGACUCGACUCGACACGGAGCAAGGAUUAUCAAUUUGCUUGGCACUUUAAUGGAGCUCGCCAAGAUGCCGAGGCGCCUGAUCCUGCUGGCUCUGCUCAUCUGCCUGCCGGCCAUCAGAGGGCAGUCGGAGGAGACAUCAAUAUUAAACAGCAACGGAACAAAUGGGCGAGCAUUUCAAAGGACUCAAUCAAGGCGCGAGGCAUUAAUUCCGGCGACAACGCAAAUGGCCCAGGCGGCGGACAAAGCCGGCGCAUUUGGGCCAACAAUGGCUGCAGCUUUGGAUGCAGCCUCGUCCUCGAAUCGCUCCCCCAACAAUGUCGCCAUUAAUAACAUUAGCAACAAUGGCGAUCAGCGGCUGACCGCUGCCCUCGAGGCGAAUCUGAUUAUGAGCAAUCGGAAUAUCCAGGAGCAGCACAGCUACAGAAUCACGCAGGACAACGCCACAUCUGCAGGAGCGGCAGCUUCGACUGCGUUGAAUGCAACUUCUGUCGAUGCCACCGCCACCGCCACCGCACCAGCAACAGCAACAACCACAGAGCCUGCCACAACGACGCCAACAACAACAACGAGGCGAACAACCCGUCGACCGGUGGCAACAACAACGCUGAAGCCACCGCCAACAAUAGAUGAUUACCAGACAAUAAUUAGCCAGGCCGGCACCCAUGCCUAUCUGCCGUGCAAUGUCAAGCAGCUGGUGAAAAAGCCGAUAUCCUGGCUGCGGAUGAGGGACGGCCAUAUCCUCACUGUGGACCAGACCACCUUCAUCGCGGAUCAGCGCUUCCAGUCAGUCUUCUCCCCGAAUCCCGAACGUUGGUCGCUCCAGAUCAAGUACGUGCAGCUCAAGGACGAGGGCACCUACGAGUGCCAGGUGUCCACGGAGCCCAAGGCCAGUGCCAUUGUCCAUCUAAGGAUUGUGGAGCCGAAAACCGAAUUAAUUGGCGAGUCAACGCGACAUGUGAAAGCCGGAAGUCAAGUGAAAUUGCGUUGCAUAAUUAGCCAGGCUCUGGAGCCGCCGCUUUUCAUUAAUUGGUUUUACAAUCAGAAGCAAAUCUAUUUGCAUAAUCGUCGCGGUUGGCGUACGGAAAUUGAACGCAUCGAUCUGCCAGCGGAAGUGCCGACCACGACAACCACCACUACGACAACCACCACCACCACCACCACCACGGCAGCAACACCAUCGACAACAGCCGCAGGAUCAACGACAGGACCAACAUCCUCGGAGUCGCUUAAUGGUUUAGUAACCAUAACACGUUCAUAUAUCUUAGAUGCCAUCGCCCAGAAUGAUGUGGCAGGGGCAGGAGUGGCUUUUGUCACUGAGACAUCAACAGCUCAGCUGGUCGCCGAGGUGGAUGCCACAUCUUCGACUUCUGGGACGACGGCAGGAGCAGGCACACAGCUCCACUCCUCGGCCACUGCAGCAUCCUCGGCAGCCGCAGCAGCAGCAACAACUGCAGCAGCAACUGUUGCGACAGGUGACUCCACGGCAACAACCACCUGGCUGACAACAUCGGAGGCGGCAGCAACAACUGCCGCCACAACGACAACAACCAUGCUGCCAAGCAGCAGUUUCAUUAAGCAGAUAACAACGGCUUCUCUCAUCAUUCCGGCCGUAGUCAAACUGGAUUCCGGCAACUACACGUGCAGCCCCUCGAACAGUGCGCCCCGCACCAUCGUGCUCCACGUGCUGAACGGUGAAUAUUCCGCCUCGGCCAUUAAGUCGGGCAGUGUCAGCUGGAGUGCGCUAAUUGGAUGUCACGGCUAUUUGCACUGGCGGAAUGUUUCAACGCUUCUGACGCUUUUGUGGAUUAUUAAAUUUGCACUGGCCAGGGACAUCUGCCAGCCGAAUGCCAGCAGAGCCACCGCAAGGACAUCGGGCGCAGGACCUGCAGGAGGAGGAGCAGCAGGAGGAGCAGGCGGUGCAGGACCCAAAUCAGGGGUCGGCUUCAUCAGAGACAGCAGCUCAAUUAGUGCCACCAAAGUGUCAGAGGACAAAACUUGAGUUGCCCUCAGGCUCUCGCCUGGUUCCUUGGAUUUUACGCUAUAAAUGGGGCUACAAAAUAAGAUUUUACUCGAUUUAAAAACAUAUUAUCACAGAGGAAGGAGGACACCCAUCAUGAAGGCAAUAUAUACAGGACUACAUCCAUUAAAUAUUUUAAUAAACAUACUCGAUUUAUGUUUCUUCUCCAUCUGAGUGUAAAUUAAUAUUAGAAGUCAAGCUUAUGUUCCGGCAUAUCGUAUAUUUUGAUUAAAACGUUGCAAGAAUUGUGUAAAUAGAAUGCACAGAACUCGCCUUUAAAAGAUAAGAACAUUUUCCUUCUGUUUAUCAAUUGGAAUCUGCCAUGGUUGUAUCAUAUAUAAGUUAAUAAUUCACAAAGAAUUUGGAAGGAUUGAGAUUUCAAAUAGAAAUCACAAAAAAAUGCACAGGCAUCUGCUUUUGAAGGAAGUUUUAUGGAAUUAAAUCUAAUAGUUCGACUCAUUAGCGCAAUGACGACUUAACGAGAAAUAAAUUAUCUUAAAAUUUCUUUGGUUUCCUUGAGCUAUAAAUUGUAAAUAUGUAUGUAUAACUUCAGGUAUAUGUAUGAAUACUCCUGAUUUCUUAAGACCUAAAAUCCAUUUAUAUGCAUAAAGAAUAAUGAUAAAUGAAUAUUGAAUAACAGUGUAAAUAAGCGGGUGUUACUGCGUUCCAUUCAAAUAAAUAACCAAAGCAAGCCAAAAACUAAAUGUAAACAUUAGUUAGUAUAUAAAAGACUUACUAAAAUUUUAGACGCAGCCAAGCAAAGAAAAACCAAAACUUAAUCAACUAAAUAAACAGAACCGUAAGGAGUUGCUCCAACGUUGCGUAUACUUGAUUUGCAACAUCAAAUUUUAUGGAAAUGCAAAUAAAAAU